AAUUAUAUAUCCUUUUCCCCCUUUUUUGGCUUCCGUUUUUUUUAUUUUUAUUUUUUGUGCAGUUCAGCAGCUUCCUUCCUUCUUUGCUCUUCUCUCUCUUUGAGUCGCCUCUAAUUCCUCGCCGAUUUUAUUCGAUCCGUCGCUCGCCGGCGCCGUCGUUUUAGUCCCCGACAAUCUCUCUCACAGAUCUGCUGCGUUGCGUCGCUUUCAGGCACAAGGGCAAAAAGAGGGGGUUACAAAAGAAUGUAAAUUUGGGUGCCCCAGAUGAUUAGGACAAAUGUUAUUUGCAGUGGAAGGAGGAGGAUUCUUCUCUUCUUCAGCUUCAGGGUAUAGUAAGGGACUGACCCUGCUUCUCUUGGGUCAUCAGAAGCAAGAAGAGAGCAAACCCAUGAAAGUAGCGCCGUGGAAUCAUUACCAGUUGGUAGACCAAGGAGAACCAGAGCCUGAUCUCCAGCUGGCUUCCCUCAAGAAUCGAGUUUCCCGCGGCUGUGCCGCUUCCUUGGUCUGCUUUGGUCGCGCUUCCGCAGGAGUCGAUUCCUCCUCCCCUUCUUCUCAUCCGAAAGUAGGUCCUGCCCAGCACCAGGAUGCGUUGCCAGUAGAUGAUCUUAAAGAAGAUAUAACAAUAGCUGAGAUUGAAGAUGAUAAGAAUGCUUCUAAAGCAGCUUCACUAAAGAGCAGCUUGAAGAAGUCGUCGUUAAAUCACGUUUCUGUUCCUGUAGAGGAUGCGGGUGAACAUGCUGUGUUGAACGAGCAAGUUAGCGAUAGCCCUGGCCACAAUGGUAGAAGAAAAGUACAGUGGACAGAUGCUUGUGGUAGUGAGCUUGCUGAAAUUAGGGAAUUUGAGCCGAGGUGAACUGGGCUUAUCUGAUGACGAAUUCGACAAUGGCCGGGAAAGAAGUUGUUCAUGCAAUAUUAUGUGAGAGAGAGAUUCAAAUGGGGCCUAAAAUGGUCACAGCUUGCUUUGGAGAUGACAGAAAGCAAAGUAGAAGGGUGAAGCUUUUUGGCUGAACUUAUGACUGGGGAGGCACCUUGUCUGUACAUUUUCUGCUAACUGAGGUGUAUCUCUGCUGCUGUUCGUGAAGAAGGAAAGGGCUGUGAGAGUCGUUUAGAUGGGGAAAUGAAUGCUUGGCGCGGAAGAAAAGAACUCGGUUCCUGUUUUUCGAUUCGAGCCUCUUUGGAGGAAUUUGAUCAUUUUUCAACCAUUUUCCUUUAUGUAUUCAUUUUUUUUGCUGGGUUAGAGAAGGAAGAAAUGGAGAAAGAAGAAAGAAGAAAGAAUGUGGUUUAAAUUUUGCUGGCCUUCUUCCUUAUUCUUAGUUGUUGUCCUUGUGAUGAUAUUCCAAUUCGGUUCCGGAUUCCUGGUGGUGUCAAUUGUAUGUGUUUUGGUUUCUUAUUCAUCCAAUAUUUACGGAUUCAUAUCGUACUUAGAUACAAAUUUACGAA